GAUCAUUGGAGCUACCAAAACUGAAACGACAGUACUAUGUUUACAUUAUACAUCUUGUUGUUUGUAAGUUUCAUAAUAUUAGUCGUUUAUGUGACUCGUAGAAAAAAACGGCUACCACCGGGGCCCAUAGGAUUACCUAUAAUUGGCAAUCUAUUAUCUAUUGAUCCAAAAGCCCCACAUGAAAGUAUGGCCCAACUCGCAUGGAAGUACGGGCAUAUUAGUAGCUUAUGGAUGGGCUCGAUUUUCACUGUUAUAUUGUCUGAUCCAAAGCUUGUCCGCCAGGCUUACGCCAAGGACACUUUUACCGACAGAGCACGAUUAUAUCUUACGCAUGGCAUUAUGAAGGGACAAGGUAUCAUCGCUGCUGAGGGAGAGCUAUGGCGCGAGCACAGAAAAUUCGUGGCUGGCUGCCUGAAAAACUUUGGUAUGGCCAGGUUCGCCAGCCCCAGGCGCAACAAGCUCGAGGAAAGAAUUUUAAUAGCCGUCGAAGAAACUCUCGUGGAUACACAAAUUAAAGAUUACGACAUUCCCAAGGGCACUAUGGUUUUGUCAGUUUUAUGGGCGAUUCAUUUGAAUCCUUUGUAUUGGCCUGACCCAAACGCUUUCAAACCAGCAAGAUUCAUAUCCGAAGAUGGUAGUCUUAAAAAACCAGAUGCUUUUUUCCCAUUUCAAUGUGGUAAAAGAAUGUGCAUUGGAGAUGAGUUAGCCCGUAUGAUGCUGUUCCUCUUCAGUGCUCGAAUUUUGCAGAAGUUUUCGUUGUCAGCUCCACUAGAUCACACGAUAGACUUGGAAGGACAAUGUGGUAUUACUUUGGUGCCAAAAUCUCAAAGAAUAGUAUUUAAAAAACGACGAUAGGCA